AUGGAUAGGGUGCGGCGUCUCGGGCUCUAUGUCCCCACUGCAACAUUUGAGGUGGAACAGCUGCCACUCAAUGGCCUAAAGAUGAAAGCAGCUCAUUGUGCCAUUGCUUUUCUGCUUGUCAUUGAAUUUUGGCAACCAAGGGUUGACGCAGAAAAUGCCCCUCCCGCUCAAGUGGGCACCUGUUUGGUUAUGGGUGACCCACAUUACAGCACGUUUGAUGGAAGUUACUACAACUUCAUGGGAAACUGCUCCUACGUCAUUGCCAAAAACUGCCAUGUAGAUCAUCAACAUCCAGCAUUUCAGAUUAACACCAAGAACGAACGCAAGGGCAAUACACAAUACACACUCAUAUCAACCAUCACUAUUUCAGUGUAUGGCACCACAAUUACUUUUAACCGCCUUAAGAAAGGGCUCGUAAAGAUUAAUGCUUCACUUUGCAACUUUCCAGUCUCUUUGAACAACGGUCGUGUGAAACUCACAUCAAACAGCCUCUCAGCUACCAUGAAGACUGACUUUGGCCUGUCAGUUCAGUAUGACUGGAAUCAAUACCUGAUAGUCACCAUCCCAAUAAGCUUUCAAGGAAAAAUGUGCGGUAUGUGCGGGAACUUCAACGGGAAGAAAGAAGAUGACCUUACUACUCCCAGUGGCAGUGUAGCAAGCAGUAUUCAAGAGCUGGGAAGGAGCUGGAGAGUACCACAACUUCCAGGAGAAGCUUUUUGUCAGGAUGAGUGUCCAGGGCAGUGUCCGAGUUGUGAGGGAGCUUCAUGGUUCACCCGCAUGAAUGCAAAGCUUAGCUGUGACUUUGUCACAUUUCUCACAAAAGGACCUUUGCAUGAAUGCAAGAGUGUCAUCAACCCCGAUGUCUUCUAUGACAACUGUCUGUAUGACUACUGCUCUGGCAAAGAUGUCAGCAAUUUCUUAUGUCACGCUGCGCAGAUUUACACUGAUGCCUGUCAACAAGCUGGUAUACAUGUUUACAACUGGAGAGGCCUCAUUAGGUGCCCUAACCCUGCAUGCCCAGCAAACAGUCACUAUGAGUCGUGUGCCUGUCCUGCUACCUGUGAGAAUCGCACUCCAUCUCCUGAAUGCAAAGCAAACUGUGUAGAGGCUUGCGUUUGUAACGCUGGAUACUUUUGGAGUGGAAACAAGUGUGUCCCAAAGGACCAGUGUGGCUGUGUGUACGAAAAUGAUGGUCAUAUUAAUGGUAUCCCAACCAACAUCCCUGUAAAUCUCAAUGAAGGUCAAGUGAUCAUUCAUCAGCAGGGUGUUUUUAAUGUGAUCAUUACCAACUUUGGUCUACGAGUGGCCUUCGAUAUGGUUUAUCAUGUUAUCAUCACAGUACCUGGGACAUACGCAGGAAAGACCUGUGGCAUGUGUGGAAACUUUAACGGUAAUAAGAACGAUGAUUUGUUGUUGCCAAAUGGAGAAGAAACCAAAGAUUUAAAAACAUUUGGAGCGGCUUGGAAAGUGGCUGUCCCUGGAGUUGUGUGUGAUGAUGGCUGCAGCGGUGAUUUUUGUCCAAAAUGCCCUCAAAAUGAAAAACAUGUAUUUGAAAAGGACUGCAGUAUUAUUACCGACCCUAACGGUCCAUUUGCUGCAUGUCACAAAGUAAUCGUCCCUGACUCCUACUUCAGAGAUUGUGUUUAUGAUGUCUGCAUGACUGAGGGAGACGAACAUAUGCUGUGCCACAGCAUCGCUGCGUACAUGAGUGACUGCCAGAACUUUGGCGUCCCGAUUAAAAACUGGAGAACCUCAACAUUCUGUCCCUUAUCAUGUCCACCAAACACUGUCUACGAAAUCUGUGCGAAGGCAUGUAAUGCACCUUGUCCUGGCCUUACUGGUGUAAUGACGUGUAAUAUCCAGACCUGUCUUGAAGGCUGCAUGUGUAAACCUGGAUUCUUUAACAAUGGGACUGGAUGCGUUACAGCAGAUCAGUGUGGCUGUUAUGACAAUGGACACACCUAUAAAGUAAAUAAAAAUACAACUCUGACAUCAAUAAUUGCAAGUAAGCACAAUGCAAUGUAA